GAGUUUAGAAGAUGGUGACUAAGAGGAUACGAUCAGAGUACAUGAAGAAAUUCAAAGACCCCAAAUGGGAGACCUACACCAAGUGUUAUGAGGAGAUGCUGAAGUACAGGCUGACACGCCGGCUGUUGGAGCACACACACAACCCCUGGUUCUGGAGCGGCUCAGAAAGUGAUUCAGACUCAGCGGGAAGAAGUCCUCCCCCUCCUCCCAAUAAAAACCAGGUACAGGACGAAACCGUCAGGGGUGGGACGGAGGCUGAGCUGGAGGAGUGUCAGGGGGCGAGGACGGAUAAACAGCCGGAGCUGCAAGCCAGUACUGCAGGGCCUGUACCCAGACUUAACAUUCAGGUGGAGGAGGGAAAUGGAGGUAGCUGCUCACAGCUUGAUGAUGUCAAGCAGAUGAAAGUAGCAGAGGAGGAGAGGGAGGAGCAGAGAGCCAGCAGCAGAGGCAGUAAACAGCUACCAGUUUCCCACAGAGUGCGAGACCAAGAGACUGGACAGCACCGAUUGCAGCAGAGUAAACUCCCCAAAUCCUCCAAACAAACUUGGCUCUCCCAUCGCAUCAGACCUGCACCAUCACGGCAGCCCAAGGAGGAGAGUAAGGGCAGCAGACACUCUUUCGCUCUGUACGGUUCUGGAGAGAAGCAUGCAGACAUCGGGGCCAGAAAGACGCACAACGUCGGCCCCACGGCUUCGACAAAUGAGAUACACGAGUCAGCUCUACGUGCUAAGACCAGGCGGGAGGUGGAGCGUCAGAUCCAGACCCACAGAGCUGAGCGCCGGAGAGCCAAGUCUGUCGAGCUGGACAAGACCAGGAGGGUGGUUCAACCUGAGUUCAACCCCUGGCUCACUGAGUACAUGCGCUGCUUCUCUGCUCGCUCACAAUAGGACAGACACACACACACACACACACACACACACACACUGCAGACAUAUGUAGGAUUCUAGACAAAAAAGAAGGUGAAACCAUUAUUGCCUAUCAUCUCUGAGGUCUGAGUACACAUUAUUUUAGAAUAGAGUAUUAAGACUCACUCUGACAUUCAGCAUUUAAACAGGAGGAACUUGAACAUUGAAUUUCACAGUGUGGCUUUUUAGACCAUGAGUGUCUAUCGAUCCAUCUGUAAAUCAAUUUAAUAUCUACAUCAAGAAAUAUCUUACAGGGUAGAUCAGGCUCUUGAAAGAAACAAUUUUUAAAGAUGAUGUAUAGAUAAGAAUAUGUCAACAGAUAUUUAGAUGGGAAAGAACAUACAUGCAAAUAGCAUUUUACAGCCAUACUUUAAUGCAGCCCCUUUAAACAAAUGUGUCCACAUUUUUAUACAUGGUUAUCAGUCUGUAGUGGUCUCACAGAGGUAGAGAAGGCACAAUGUGUGAGUAGAUUCAGUGAUUUGCUUUCUUAAAAAUGAUUAAGAGAUAAAAAAUGGGACCAUCGGGGUUGGAUGAUACUGGACAUAUUGUGUACACAUGUAAACAAAGUCAAACACACUAGAACAAUAGUUGGCAUUCCAAAAUAUUGUGCAACACAUAUUUAAUAUGUGUGCUGAGCAUUAUGUUGGGUGACAUACAGAGAUAUGUCUGCGUUAAAGGUUUAAUAGUCUUCAGCUCACUUAAUGCUGUGGACUUAUAGAUUCAUCUGUUUGUGUAACAGUUGACUGCUCUUUUCUCACUUGAUAGAUUGUACAUCUCUUAGACGCUGCGUUGUGCGAUAAUUACUUUUCAAAUAGUACGUUGACAACAUGUGUGUCUUUCUCUUGUAUUCUUGUGUGUAAUCAAACAACUUGGUGCUAACACAGUCUGAAUAUCUGUGACUUUUAAAGCCACUGGGACGACUGUGAACAGUGUGUGUGUGGUGUUGUGGAUACUGGUCUUUCUUUCUUUAUACAGGUGUCAGAGAAUUUAACAUUCAAAAUACAGCUCAUUUACAGCUAUUUUUUUAGCACACAAUAAUUAACAAAACUAUUUAAAGAUAAAUGAUCUAAUUAUAAUUAUUAGUGAAUAAGAUUCAGAGCCAAAGUUGAGUCAACACAAAGUUGGAUGUAAAGCCAAAGUCUAAAUGACCUCGCAUUAGAAUUGCUAUCAUAAAUAUAAUAGAAAUAACAUGAGUGCAUGUUACUAAUGCUAACUAAAGCAGGACCAAACCAAACAGCACUUUGACAAUUAGUCGCCUUUCUUGAAUAACAUUCGUAGAUUUUCUGACAAGCUUUAGGUUUUCAUGUAAUGUCUUUUAAAUCUCUGCAUAUUUGUAUGUUUAUGUGAAAGUAAAUGUUAUUUGUAUGUACACGAGAAGACUGAACAGCAUUUUAACAGUUUG